AAAAGGGCACAAAUUUCGCCCUGCACUCCACGUACACUGCAUACAUUUUCGGCUUCGGUACGAUGCCUUGACUUUUGUUGCCCCCCCAAAAAAAUAAACCCAAAACGAAAACUUUCGACAUCCAAUGCGCCGGAGGCGUCCAAGGAACCCUUUUUCAUCUCAACUCAUCCGCCAAAGUCCAGCCAGCGAAAUGCAAAUACAAGUUAUAAUAAUUUCUUUUCAAUUUCCAACCAAAGCAAGCACUUAAGGGGAUUUUAGUUACAGAGCUGCAAUGCAACUGGCCAAAAUGGCCAAAAUGGCCGAGAUGGCAGGACACAAGGAUACCAUGGAUAGCAUGGGUGUGGGUCGGUGGUUUUGGGGGUCGUAUUUGUCAUUUGGCCUCAUCACUUCUGUGAUUGCGCUGAAAUUUGCAUAAUUCCAAGUAAACAAGCAAUUUCAUUGAGAGGUGGGGUCAGGGGUUCAAAUUUCGGGAUUAAUAACUCUUUGCAGCUGAAAUUGGAUACCAUUCGCCAGUUUGAAGGACAUUUGCGCUGGAAGCGAAAUGAGAGAAAACGCUAAUCAAACACCGAGGACAAGAGCUGCACUUUAAGGAUGUUUGAAUAGCAUAGUGAAAAUUCUAAUAUAUAGCCUGGCUUUGUGUGUCAGUUUUUCCAAGUGAAGCACGUCAGUUUCGCCCGUCAGCCAAGAAAUUAUUGUCAAAUUGAAACUUUCACUAUUUUUCGUUCGAAUUGUUGUUUCGUGCUAAAAGUUCAAAUACCUGGCUGAAGCUAUCGAAUUCCAAAAUAACGCAUUGAUUUGCUAAUUCCGUUGGAACGAGAAGAGCAAACCACAGCUUUAUUCCACAGUUAACCAACCACUUCCACUAUCUGACUGACAUUUGCAAUUAACUGGUAGAAUGUUGUCACCGUUGAUAGACUUAUGCUGGCUGAAGUUCAUCAGAGCAUUUGGCCUGAUGAUGCAACUGGCGGAGGAAUCGAGGCUCAUCAUGAUGCUAAUCAGCUGCACGAUGGCCGUGGCCUUUAUCGUGAAUGUUUGUUCGGGAAGAACCAUUUUUCAGGAUUUGUGUAAUGCAGUGGCCAACAGGAGACUCGAAACGAACCUGGCCAUGCAUCCUUCGCCAAUUACUAUACCGGUGAGCAAUAUUAUCAAAAGGGACCUAAAGAUGCCCUUACAAUGGACGUACUACGAUGAUCUUCCGAUGGCGACUGUUCUGAAGAACAACGGAAGCACUGUGAUCAUGCGGAUAUACACUGCGAACAAUUUUAUGCCCCAGCUCAGUGGGGCUAAUCUGCUUGGUAGAUACCACUUUGUGGAGGCGAUCUUCAAGUGGGGCAGCCUCAAAUCCGAGCAUUCGAUUGGCAAUUAUCACUUCUGCCUGGAGCUGCAGGCACUUCAUCGAUGCGCCCAGCUGGAGAACAACUUGGAAUACCUCACCCUGUCCUACCUAUUUGAACUGAGUUGCGUCAAGAACGAGCACCUCAUGCAGGUCACCGAUCAGCUCAAGUGGAUCUCGCAGCCAGGAUCAUCGAUGGAGCUUCCGCCCUUCCACUUGGGCUCACUACUUCAACCAUUCGGAUCUGAUUACUUUUCCUACGAAGGCACCUACGACAACGGAGACGUCGUUCUGCCCACCACCUGGCUGAUAAGCAGCAAUAUAUCCGUGGUCAACUGGCGUCAGCUGGGCGAGUUUGAGGCACUGUAUGGAAGGAAUGGCAACAGGAACUGCAAAAAUGGUCGGGAGCAACAGGCCUUGGGCAAUCGUAAUGUGUACCUUAAUAUCUAAUACCUUAAUAUCUAUAUCAAUACAAUCACAUUGCAAUGUAAAGAAAUGUAAAAACAAAAUGAAACCGUUCCAUUUGAUUGCCAAUAAACCUAUUAUAUAUGUAGA